AUCAAUCAGCAGCCAUGUUGAAGGUGAUCCCACAGUCCCCACCACCUUUCCACUUCCUCCCGAGCUCUCGUUCUUCAGCGCUCACUAACCCUCUGUCCACGGCGGGUUUUCAACCUUUCGCUGAAACCCCUCUCUAGUCGUCCGCCAUGUUCCUUUUUCUUUUCCUUGCCUCAAAUCACCAUUUCUGCUUACUCAUGCGCUCUCUCAUCCACUCUUACUCCUCUGCUGCUCGCCCUCCUUCCGUUUGAUUUCAGCAAUGAGCGUUUGCGAAGCAGACUGUGCCGUCUCUCUCUCUCUCUCUCUUGCUCGUUCUCUUUCUCUCACAUCCACCCACCACCUUCACAAAGAUGCACAAUAAAAUGUUGCAGCAGUGAUAGCGAUACAGCUUAGCCACAACAGCAAACAGCCACGUUCAGAUGUGCAGAAACACAUUCCGGACCUGACAGCGGCAUGUUUCAUAAGGUGGGCGAGGGACAGGCAGAGAACACAAACAUGUGUGUGCCUGUGCAUCUAAAUUCAUCGCUGCUCAUGAUCUUUUUUUGGACGGGUGGGGGCAGCGGGACUCAUCUAAAAUAGCAGCAACCAGACCGCCGUUAUUUAUUCUACAUGAUGGAAAAUGUCAGUCUCUGCCUCGCGUCAGGUGCCAUUUUUGUUUUGACACCGGUGGUUGCAUUGUUGCAUCCACCUCACAUGCGAGCGCUUCUCACACGUUCGUUUCUCACUCCGUUUUUUCCGCGCUCUCUCGUUCCGGAUGCCCUUUUGCAGUGGUUAAUGAAGUUGCAGUCCUUGCUAGCACGCCGCAUCUCUUAUCCGCUGCUAAUAAUGCACAGACAGCAGUGGAGCUGCCUCGCCCGACUAUUUAUAAACUCCACAGUGGGCGAAUAGACCCUGGUGGCCAGCUAGCAAGCGUACGGAAAGAACGAGACCUAUAGCAGGGUGCAGUGGAGCAGACUGAUGCCCCCUGCCACCUCUGGACUGGGCGUCUCACGCAGAGAGGGGACUGGGACUAGGGUGAACGAAAAAGAGAGAGAGUGUGAGAGAGAGAGAGAGAGCAGGAUAGACUUAUAGGAGAGACUGCGAUCGCAGCAGAGAGCAGCAAGUGACGAGUUGAAUAAAAAAAAAAAGCUGUAACACUUUCGCCUGCAAACGAAACAUCUCGUUCCAGCCAUCAGUGGAUCACAGGAACUGUAGAGGAAGGCAUGAGCGAUGUUUUCCGCUGUCCAUCCACUGAAGCGCAUUCUCUGAUUAACUGAAAUAAAGAUGACUGUGGUCAACCCCAGCACUCUUGGUAUGGUGGACAAUUCCCACCCCCAAACUGUCCUCAGUCAUCUUAGUGAACAGCGUUCUCAAGGCCUAUUCUGUGAUGUAAUAAUCGUUGUGGAGGAUGUCAAAUUUCGCGCUCACCGCAACAUACUGGCUGCCACAAGUGGAUAUUUUCGUAAUGCUUUCAAAACGCCUGAUGUCUACACAUCCAACCAGGUGCUGGAGUUAAAAGACUUAAAAUCUGAGGUCUUUGCUAGCAUUCUAAACUUUAUCUACAAUGCCAGAGUGGAGUCAAGUAGUAUGGAGGACAACAGGUCUCUGGUGGCAGCUGGAAAGCGUUUAGGAAUUCCCUUUCUGGAGAAAUUGCUUGACUUUGAAAGGCAGAGCUCUGGCAUCUUGCAAGGUCAAGCCUCUGCAAGCUGCGGAAGAUCAAACGGUCAGUCAAAGUUGGCUGACACAUGCACACUGAAAAAAGAGACACUCAAGCCUGAGGAGUUAGACUGCUCCAAGGGCCCGAGGAUCACCAAUGCUUUCUCCAUUACUGAGGUUGGGACAGUAAACAACCCAUUCUCUACAAUGGAUCAUCGUAACAAAGUUAUUGAGGAAAGGCAUUCUCCUUCGAGCUCCCAAGAUACAAGCAUAUCACACACCGAGAGUGAGCCUGCCCAUGCUCUAACGGAGCACUCGUAUGCAGUGAGCCAGGGGCAAGAAUCUAAAGAGGUUAGCCAGGAGAACGAUAUCGGAAAAAUCGUGCCGGCCGUUCCCCCAGCUAAGCCCGUGGUUAACAAUAGACUUGGACCUAUAAAGAAGCGUCGUAUACAUGGUAACGGUAUUCCGUCUCUCUCAAUUGAGCCAGGUGCAACAAUGCCCACUAUUACUGGCACAUCUGCUGUGAAAAAUGCUAUAUCUUCCUCCCAGUUAUCCUCAGAUGCAGCACCAGUGAUACAUUCCAGCCUUGAUCUCUUGCCACCACUUGACGUUACACCCUCUCAGGAUGCAGAGCCACCCUGCCUCAGUCCUCAGAAUACACCCAGUGUCCCUGUCUUCUGCUGCCAGCAAUGCCCUGAAACCUUUAAUGACUCUGCACUUCUCGCCAUCCACAUGCAAGCACACAAAAGAUUUGUCAGUCAUUUGUUUUGCAAGUACUGCCAUAAAAAGUUUAUGCAUCUGAAAAGAUUGCGCAAUCAUGAGCAGGUUUGUGUGAAAUCUCUAAAAGGUCCAUUUGAGUUAGAGACAAAUAAUAAAGACUCUUUGAGAGUCCCAGUCUCUAAUGGUACAUCUAAUGAAAACACAACGCGACACUCUUCACCUCCACUAGAUCUCCAUAUCCCUUUAAGUUUAGAGCCCACAUUGACUAGUCCCCCUGAGCUGUCUCAGGAUCAAGUUAAUGGGACCUUAAAAACAAGUAGCACUUCAAGGACAUAUAAAUGUUCUGUAUGCAAACGGGCUUAUGUGACCAUUUCCAGCCUAAAAAGACAUGAGAAUGUACACUCAUGGCAUAGAGCCUAUCCUUGUCACUACUGCAACAAAGUUUUUGCUCUGGCUGAGUACCGCACAAAGCAUGAGAUUUGGCAUACUGGGGAACGCCGGUACCAGUGCAUCUUUUGCUUGGAGACCUUCUUGACUUAUUACAUCCUCAAGAAUCACCAGAAGUCUUUUCAUGGCAUCGACCCACAGCUGGCUGUCAAUAAAAAGUCCGCAAAUGGUGGAUUCAAGGGUAGUGUCUACCCCAUAAAGCUCUACAGGCUUCUCCCAAUGAAGUUUAGAAAGAAACGGUAUAAGUCAUACAGUCAGACAUACUCUGAGGGGUUCGAGGGCAAUGAUGAUUCCUACAGUGAACCACUGGGCAGCUGUUCCCCCCCUACUCUUUUUGACAGUGCUGUACCUACAACUAAUUCAGAUGUUGUUAAUGGUCAGUCAUUAUUUUCAAUGCCAGUGACAUUCAUGGCCACUCCAAAAAUAAUGGCAUCAGAAACUCCUCGCAUCAGCUUUGACAAACCGUGUGACCAAAACAUGGGAUUUCCUAUGUCAUCUGAGAUAGAUCAUCCUUCAAAACACCGUUCUACUGAUUUCAAGAAACAGCCUGGAUUUGAUGGGAAAGGGUCCCCGCUCUUCAGCCACAGAUUUACAGAUUCUUCACAAGAGAAAAACACAGGGACCUCUCUCAUUUCAAAUGGAAUUGACAGAGAUUCUUCAACAGAGAAAAACGUAGAAAACAGCACAGACAUACUUCCAUUCCUCGACAUACCAUCUGUCUGCUCCUUCGAAGGGUUGAGCAGGCUGAGUGAACUGUCAGCAGCAGCACAAACCAUCGAGGACAUGGCUAAUCAGCUGCUACAAGCAAGACCCGAGAGCAUAACCCCGGAUCAGCCACCUAGUGGAAAGACAGAAACGUACAUUGCUAAGCCUGCAUGUCCAGGCCCAUCCGUUGACAACCAAGUCCUUCCCCUCUGCCAAAUAACUGUGAAGAUCGGCAACGAGGCAAUUGUUCGACGAAAAAUAAAAGGCUCAAAGCUAUUUCCUAAAAGGAGAAAAAGGAAAAGCUGGAGACAAGAGGGCAUAGGUCAAAAUAGCCCUGCAGAGGAGAGUAUUGGAAGUCCAAGUCUGCGACUGAGAACAGAAGUCACGACAUCAGUCACAAAAAAUGUAUCAUAUGAUGACCCAAACGAUCCUGAAACCGACAAACUAUGGCGACCCUAUUACUCAUAUAAACCUAAAAAGAGGAGUAAGAAACUGAAACGCAAACGAACAAGGAUGAAACAUGUGAGAUGCUACACAAGACCAUUGUCACCUGAAGCUAACGAAGUCUUCAGAGAGACACCGUUCUGUCCAGAUGAGAGGAUCUCAGCUGACAACUAUGGGGUCAGGAGGGAGCCAAGCUUUAGCAGCCAAAAGGAAGCUUUCUCCUGCCACAGCUGCGAGAGCUCUUUCUACAGCCAGACCUCCCUCAGCAUGCACAUCAUCAGCUGCCAUCAGCCACGCUGCAGAAUAUGUGGUAAACAAAGUCCCCCUGAAUGCAGCACAGCUGGGCCCACUGCAGAUGAUAGUGGUGACUUUAUCUGCAAGAGCUGCACUGAGGAUGGCUCCUGUUUCAGCUCGGAUGUGGCGUCCCACAGUCUGAGCAUGGAAAAACGUUACAGAUGUUCUUACUGCCCACAGCGGUUCCUUUACCUUGCCACUAAGAAAAGUCACGAGAAAAAACACCUAGAAAAGUCCGAUAAAGGACACAACUGCAGAUAUUGCUCAAAGGUAUGUAAAUCAGCAGUGCUGUUGAGUGUGCACGAGAGCAAGCACUUCAAGUCAGAAGAUGGAGAAGAUCCAGACAGGACAUGUAAAAUAACCAGUUCCUUUUCUAAUGAGCGGAUCAAACCCGAGCCUUGGGAAAGCAUGUAUACCUGCUCCGAGAUCAAGCCAAAGAUGGGGGAACCUAUGGACAUAGAGUCUGAGGGGAAUUAUCCUACAAUCACCAGUGUCUACAAGAAAACGUCUUUGUCAUUUCCUUAUGCAGCAGAUGGCAGGCCUUUCACUCCCCGUCCUUCAGAGAUAAAGAGGAAGAAGUCCAAGAAAAAAAUCAUUUUGGAACAUUCUAAACGAUUUGGAUUUGAGGGGCACACACAGGACUCUGUGACAUGGGGCCAACAUGAUUGACCUGCCAACACAGGUACAACCAAGUAAAGUGCUGACUCAGUCCAAUCUGUCAUCCAAGAAUACUGUAACCAAAGGAACUUCCCAACAGCCUACAGUUGCUCAUGUCAGAGCGACAUUUCUGUAAAGAGGAACCUCGUUUUCACACCCACGACAGGAAGGAAAUGCAUCUCCUGCUGAUGUCACAUAGAAUAAUGACGUAAGUGACAAGGCAGGCUUUACAACAUUUGAAUAAUGGGGCAAAAAAAUCGCACAAGAAAGUAUGAGGAGGUUAGCGUAGUGACUUUGUCUUCAAGAGAACGUGUGAUGUACAUAUAGAGUAUUUUUGGUCGUUCACAUGAAAAACUAUUGGUAGUUUUCCAAGUUUUUUUAUGAGAAAAAAGUGGGUUUAUUUUUAUACGUUUUUAUUUGUCUAAGUCAGGUGGAUCUUACCUAUUUCAUUGCUCAUUGUGUUGUACUCUAUGCAUCAAGUAAAGUGAACGGCUAGCUGCACCUUACAGUAAAGAUAACUGCGAGUGAUUGUACUUUUAUUGUAACAUAACAACGUUACCACCAUUUCAGUCUAUUUUUUGCACACCAAUGCAUUAAUAACUCCGCUGAUAAAUGCUAAAAAAUUAUUUUCCUGAAUAUACCAAAAGUUUUACCUUUCAUUUAUAAAACUGUUUAAUUUUGUCCAAUACUCACAACAAAUCAUUAAAUAAAAAAAAAUAACACGUAA